UUAUUUACUAAUAGAAGCAGACGGACGACACACAAUCCAACAGAUGGAGAAGAAAUCUCACCCGAGUGAUGUCUGUGACAAGUCGUUCAGCGAAAGUAUCAAUUUAACGAUACAUCGACUCACGCAUACUGGCGAAAACCCUUACGCAUGCAAUGUGUGCGACAAGUCGUUCGCUGUAAAAGGAUCUUUAACAAAACACCAACGAACACACACUAGUGAAAAACCAUACACAUGCGAUGUAUGUGACAAGUCGUUCAUCCAAAGCAGCAAAUUGACGAUUCAUCGACGUACACACACUGGAGAAAAACCAUACGCUUGCGAUGUAUGCGACAAGUCGUUCUCUGUAAGUAGUGCUUUAACGACUCAUCGACGCACACACACUGGCGAAAAACCAUACGCUUGCAGACGUAUGCGACAAGUCGUUCAGCCAAAGUUGCAGUUUGACGACUCAUCGACGCACACACACUGGUGA